UAUUGAUAUAUAUUAUUGACAAAGUUUAAAUGAUAAAUUUCUAAAAUGGCGUCAUUAUUCUCUAUGCCGCCUAAUAAAAAGGCAUUUUCUAUAUUGCUUGUAGGCGUUGGAUCUGCUGCCGCUGUUUAUUACUAUAUGUAUCAUUAUAAUAAUGUAAAUGUACCCCAGGGAAAACUUGAACAGUUAGAAAGAAAAGCGGAAAACGUUUAUGACAAUAUUACGUCUCAUAUAAAAGACGCAUAUCGUACUGGAAAAAAACAGAUUAACAAUAUUGAAAAAAAAUAUGAUAAAGUUCAUAAUUUGAUCGAUCGAGUAGAUACGAAAAUGGAUAGGAUAAGAGAAUAUAUUGAGCAUAAAUAAUUUUCAUAUUUAGUAGAAUAUUUUUUAGUAUAUUUUAUUAUAAAC